AUGUAUCUAAAUCUGUUUCCAUCGUGUUUACACUUCCUUUGUCCUUUUUUAUUGCAUAUAUAUAUAUAUAUAUAUAUAUAUAUAUAUAUAUAUAUAUAUAUAUAUAUUAUCUAUCUGUCUUCUGGUUUUAUCUAUCUGUCUUCUGUUCAUAUCUAUCUAUCUAUCUAUCUGUCUUCUGUUCAUAUCUAUCUAUCUAUCUAUCUAUCUUCUGUUCAUAUCUAUCUAUCUAUAUAUCUAUCUAUCUAUCUUCUGUUCAUAUCUAUCUAUCUAUAUAUCUAUCUAUCUAUCUUCUGUUCAUAUCUAUCUAACUAUCUAUCUAUCUUCUGUUCAUAUCUAUUAAUCUAUCUUCUCUAUCUAUCUUCUGUCCAUAUCUAUCUAUCUAUCUUCUAUCUAUCUAUCUAUCUAUCCUAUCUAUUAUCUAUCAUAUCUUUCUGUUCUUUAUCUAUAUAUCUUUAUUCUGUUCAUAUUUAUCUACUUAUCUAUCGUUUGUUCAUAUCUAUCUCGAUCUAUUUAUAUCUAGUUCCUCGUGCCCCCCCCUCUCUCUCUCUCUCUCUCUCCAUAGAUAAAUUCAUAUCUCUAUCUUCCAAUAUGUGUCUGUUUGGAAAAAAAAAACAUAAUCUUACAAGGACAUGCUAUCUAUCUAUCUAUCUAUCUAUCUAUCUAUCUAUCCAUUUCAGUUCGUUCAUUAUCUAUCUAUCUGUAUUCGCAUUCAUUAAUUUCUUUCAUUCUCUCUCUCUCUCUCUCUCUAUAUAUAUAUAUAUAUAUAUAUAUAUAUAUCCAUUUCACUUUUCAUUAUCUAUCUUCGCAUUCAUUAAUUUCUUCGUUAUUCCUCUCUCUUUCUACCCUCUCUCUGUAUGUAUCUAUCUAUCUGCAUUCGCAUUAAUUAAUUUUUUCAUUAUCUCUCCCUUUCUCACUAUCAACCUCCUCUCUAUCACUCACACACACACUCUCUUUCUCUCUGUCUAUCUAUCUAUAACUCUACCUAGUGAGAGAGAGAGAUGCGAUGGAGCUGGCGGGUCUGAGGAAGCAGGAAUCGCUGACAUCUUUUGGUAUCCGCUUCCGAUCAACCACCUGCCAUCUUUUCCCCGACCCUCUCGCCCCAAACCCAACACAAACAUGAUUUCUCAUCAAUGGCGGCUUUCUUUGCUUCCUUUUUUUUUUUCUUUCUUUCUCUUUUCAUUCUACACCCCCCCACUCCCUCGCUCUCUCAUUAUCGGUUUCUUUCGUUUGUUGGGUGUGAUUCCUUGUUCUUGGAUAGAAUUUCUGCCAUUUCCAUAUGCCCUGCUUACAUUGUUUUGUCUUCUCAGACCUUUGUAUUAUGACAAUGUUCUCAAUGACCUUCUUUCUCGCUUUCACUUCGUUUUUUUUUCUUUCUUUCUUUGUCAUCUCUUCCCGUUCUUCGUUUUGUUUUGGCUCUUUCUUUCUUUCUACCUCUUUUUCUUCCCAUGUAUGCCUUCUCUCUUUUUCUUUCCAUAUUUCUCUUACUUUCUUCUCAUAUUCCUAUUUCUCCCUCUCUUUCUUCCAAAAAGCCUCUUUGUCUCUCUCUUUCCAUAUUUCUCUUUCACUCUGUCUCUUUCCAUAUUCCUCUUUCACUCUCUCUCUCUUUCCAUGUUCCUCUUUCACUCUGUCUCUCUUUCCAUGUUCCUCUUUCACUCUCUCUCUUUCCAUAUUCCUCUUUCACUCUCUCUCUCUUUCCAUAUUCCUCUUUCACUCUCUCUCUCUUUCCAUGUUCCUCUUUCACUCUGUCUCUCUUUCCAUGUUCCUCUUUCACUCUCUCUUUUUCCAUAUUCCUCUUUCACUCUCUCUCUUUCCAUAUUCCUCUUUCACUCUGUCUCUUUCCAUAUUCCUCUUUCACUCUCUCUCUUUCCAUAUUCCUCUUUCACUCUCUCUCUUUCCGUAUUCCUCUUUCACUCUGUCUCUUUCCGUAUUCCUCUUUCACUCUCUCUCUUUCCGUGUUCCUCUUUCACUCUCUCUCUCUCUUUCCAUGUUCCUCUUUCACUCUCUCUCUCUUUCCAUGUUCCUCUUUCACUCUCUCUCUCUUUCCAUGUUCCUCUUUCACUCUCUCUCUCUUUCCAUGUUCCUCUUUCACUCUGUCUCUCUUUCCAUGUUCCUCUUUCUUUCUCUCUUUCCAUCCUCUUUCCAUUUUCUUUCCAUGUUUCCUCUUUCUCUCUUUCUCUUUCCAUGUUCCUCUUUCUCUCUUUCUCUUUCCAUGUUCCUCUUUCUCUCUUUCUCUUUCCAUGUUCCUCUUUCUCUCUUUCUCUUUCCAUGUUCCUCUUUCUCUCUUUCUCUUUCCAUUCUGCUCUUCUUUGUCAAACUCAGCCACCUGUGUCAGAGUUCGUUCCUGUCCGUCUGUCUCUACUCCAAUCUAUCUAUGUCGGUCUGCUCCUCUUCUGUCUCACUCUUCUUCUCUCUCUCUUUCACUCUUCUCUCCCCUAUUCUAAGUCCUCACUCCUGAGGCUGUCUAUCUCACCUCUGUCUGAGUCUGCUCAUCUUUGUCUGAGGUUGCUCUUCUCUAUGUCAAUCUGUUUCUCCCUGUCUCUCAGUUUGCUCGUCUCUGUCUCCUCCCCUCUGUCUGUCAGUCUCCUCUCUUCUGUCUGUCUGUCUCUGUCUCCUCCCCUCUGUCUGUCUCCUCCCUUCUGUAUGUCUGUCUCAGUCUCCUCUCCUUCUGUCUGUCUCAGCUUUUUCUUUCUGUCUGUUUCUGACAGACAUAGGAAUAAUAAGACUGUAUCCGUCUUCUCUCUUCUGUCUCAGUCUUCAUCUUACUGUUCGUCUGUCUUUCUCAAUCUUCUCUCUUCUGUCUGUCUCUCUCAGUCUUCUCCCCACCUGUCUGUCUGUCUGAGUCUUCUCCCCACCUUCUUCUCCCCACCUGUCUGUCUGACUGAGUCUUCUCCCCACCUGUCUGUCUGUCUGUCUCAGUCUUCUCCCCACCUGUCUGUCUGUCUGUCUCAGUCUUCUCCCCACCUGUCUGUCUGUCUGUCUGAGUCUUCUCCCCACCUGUCUGUCUGUCUGUCUGGAGUCUUCUCCCCACCUGUCUGUCUGUCUGUCUCAGUCUUCUCCCCACCUGUCUGUCUGUCUGUCUCAGUCUUCUCCCCACCUGUCUGUCUGUCUGUCUCAGUCUUCUCCCCACCUGUCUGUCUGUCUGUUUCAGUCUUCUCCCCACCUGUCUGUCUGUCUGUCUCAGUCUUCUCCCCCCACCUGUCUGUCUGUCUGUCUGAGUCUUCUCCCCACCUGUCUGUCUGUCUGUCUGAGUCUUCUCCCCACCUGUCUGUCUGUCUGUCUGAGUCUUCUCCCCACCUGUCUGUCUGUCUGUCUCAGUCUUCUCCCCACCUGUCUGUCUGUCUGUCUGAGUCUUCUCCCCACCUGUCUGUCUGUCUGUCUCAGUCUUCUCCCCCCACCUGUCUGUCUGUCUGUCUCAGUCUUCUCCCCACCUGUCUGUCUGUCUGUCUCUGUCUUCUUCCCACCUGUCUGUCUGUCUGUCUGUCUGUCUCAGUCUUCUCCCCACCUGUCUGUCUGGCUGUCUCAGUUUUCUCCCCACCUGUCUGGCUGUCUCAGUUUUCUCCCCACCUGUCUGGCUGUCUCAGUUUUCUCCCCACCUGUCUGGCUGUCUCAGUUUUCUCCCUAUCAGUCUACUUUUCUUUCUGUCUCAAUUUCUCUGUCUCCAUUAGUUCAUCUCUGUGUCUGUCUCCAUUAUUCUCUGUCUGUCUCAUUCUUCGUCUCUUUCAUUUUCUGUCUCCCACAGUUCGACUCUUCUCUUCCUUUCGCCCUCCUAUACUCUUCUUCCUCCUUCGCUUUCUCCUCUCCUCUCCUUCUUUCCGCGCUUUCUCCUAUACUCGCCUUCCUUCCUUCAUUGAAUCUCUAUCUCCCGACGCAUUGUUUAUCAUUUCCUUCUUUUUCGCUUCUUUUAUUCCCUCCCUUCUAUAUUCUCUCCAUCUUUAUUCUCACACUUUUUAUUUUGGUUGUGUUUUUUUUUCUUUUUUCUUUUUUUUUUCAUUUUUUUUUUUUUUUUUGUUUUUUGCUUCUUAUUUUCUUUCGUUUGUCUCUCAUAUUUCUCCAUUAUGUUUCUUAAUUUUUCUUUUAUCUACUUCUUUCUCUCUCUCUCUUCGCAAAUCUACUUCUUUCUCUCUCUCUUUUCCAAAUCCUUUUCUUUCUCUCUCUCUUUUCGCAAAUCUACUUCUUUAUCUCUCUCUUUUCCAAAUCCUUUUCUUUCUCUUUCUCUCUUUUCGCAAAUCUACUUCUUUAUCUCUCUCUCUUUUCCAAAUCCUUUUCUUUCUCUCUCUCUUUCUAAAUCCUCUUCAUCGUCUUUUUUUUUCCAAAUCCUUUUCAUCGUCUCUUUUUUCCAAAUCCUCUUCUUUCUCUCUCUUUUUCCAAAUCUUAUUCUCUCUGUUUAAAACCUCCUCACCCUCUCCUUUCCAAAUCCUCUUCAUCCUCUUUUUUUUCCAAAUCUCUUUUCAUCUCUCUUUUUUCCAAAUUCUUUUCUUUCUCUCUCUCGUUUUGCAAAUUCUCUUCUCUUUGUUUAAAACUCCCUUUUCUCAUUCCCUCUCCUCCUUUCAAAUCCUCUCUUCUCCCUCAUUUUUCCAAUUCUCUUUUCUGUCUCGAUUUGACAUUCACUUGUUUCUCUCUCUCUCUCUCUCUCGUUUUGCAAUUCUCUCUCCUUUUCUCAUUCUCUUCUCUCUCCUUUUCCUUUUCUCUCUUCCUUUUCUUCUCUUCUCUCUCCUUUUUCAUUCUCUUCUCUCUCUCUUUUUCUCAUUCUCUUCUCUCUCCUUUUCUCAUUCUCUUCUCUCUCCUUUUCUCAUUCUCUUCUCUCUCUCCUUUUCUCAUUCUCUUCUCUCUCUCCUUUUCUCAUUCUCUUCUCUCUCUCCUUUUCUCAUUCUCUUCUCUCUCCUUUUCUCAUUCUCUUCUCUCUCCUUUCAAAUCCUUUUUUCUCUCUCCUUUUCAAGACUCUUCUUUCUCUUACUCUGUUCUCUCGAUCUCUCUUUUCCGUCCUCUUCUCUUUUUUCUCCAUCUCUCUUAACUCUCUCUCUCAUAUUUUCUAAUCCUCUCUAUCUCUUUUUCAGAUACACUUUCAUUUUUUUCUACACCUAUUCGUUUUUUCUUUUUCUUUUUCUUUUCAUUAUUUCCCGCACUCCCACCUCCUUUCUAUCCCACGAAAUUUUAAUUUCCGAUUUACAUUCUAUCGGUUUCUUUUACGUCCUUCCCAACACCCCCUGCCGUCACCUUGUCUCACCUCCGCAGAAACGAUUCAAUCUUCACAAGUUGAAAUUGACGGGUCAGCGCGUGAGCGGAUUUUAUAAAUGUUUUCUGUUCGUUAACAAUUUUCUUUGUUGCUUUUUUCUUUUCAACUUUUCUUUUAUCUUUUUUUUUCAUCUUUUUCUUUCAUUUAUUUAUUUUUCCUUUUUCAUUCCUUUUUUUCCUUUUCUCGCUUCCUUUCCCUUUGUAUUUUUACACUUGUUCUUUGUUUGCAUUUUGCCAUUUUUAAAACCAACAUGGUUUUUAUUUAUUUAUUUAUUUACGGCAUUCUGUCUCCUUCCCAUGUCCCGAUUUCUGCUUUUAAUCAUCUCCUCCCCUUUUGUGUUUUUAACCACUCUUCAUUCUUUUUUUGUCCUGUCUUUUUCCCUCAUUUCUUUUUCUACUUUCUCUCUUCAUUUCUUUUUCUACUUUCUCUCUUCUCCGCUUACUAACACAUCGUUUUCUGUCUUUUGCCCAAAUCUACCCCGUUUUUGUCUUUUGCCCAAAUCUACCCCGUUUUUGUCUUUUGCCCAAAUCUACCCCGUUUUCUGUCUUUUGCGCAAAUCUACCCCGUUUUCUGUCCUUUACCGAAAUCUACCCCGUUUUCUGUCCUUUACCGAAAUCUACCCCGUUUUCUGUCCUUUACCGAAAUCUACCCCGUUUUCUGUCUUUUACCGAAAUCUACCUCCUUUUCUGUUUUUUGUCCUCUCUCUACCUCCUUUUCUACCUUUGUCCUCUCUCUACCUCCUUUUCUACCUUUGUCCUCUCUCUACCUCCUUUUCUACCUUUGUCCUCUCUCUACCUCCUUUUCUACCUUUUCCCUCUCUCUACCUCCUUUUCUACCUUUUACCCUCUCUCUACCUUCUCUUCUACCUUUUACCCUCUCUUUACCUCAUUUUCUACCUUUUGCCCUCUCUUUAUCUCCUUUUCUACCUUUUACCCUCUCUUUACCUCAUUUUCUACCUUUUGCCCUCUCUUUACCUCAUUUUCUACCUUUUACCCUCUCUUUAUCUCCUUUUCUACCUUUUGCCCUCUUUUUAUCUCCUUUUCUACCUUUUGCCCUCUUUUUAUCUUUUUUUCUACCUUUUGCCCUCUUUUUAUCUCCUUUUCUACCUUUUGCCCUCUCUUUAUCUCCUUUUCUACCUUUGUCUGUCUCCACCUCGUUUUCUGUCUUUUACCGAAAUCUACCCCGUUUUCUACUUUUUGAUUACUUUUUCUUUUUUCUCUUUCUCUGUCUUCCACUCUUUCAUUUUUCUCUCUUUCUCUAUCUUCUCUUUUUUUUCUCCGUAUUCCUCUCUUUCCUUUUUCUCUGUUUUACCUCUCUUUCCUUUUUCUCUGUUUUACCUCUCUUUCCUUUUUCUCUCUGUUUUCCCUCUCUUUCCUUUUCUCUCUGUUUUACCCCUCUUUCCUUUUUCUCUCUGUUUUACACCUCUUUCCUUUUUCUCUCUGUUUUCCCUCUCUUUCCUUUUUCUCUCUGUUUUCCCUCUCUUUCCUUUUUCUCUCUGUUUUCCCUCUCUUUCCUUUUCUCUCUGUUUCCCUUUUCCUUUUUCUCUCUGUUUUCCCUCUCUUUCCUUUUCUCUCUGUUUUCCUCUCUUUCUUUUCUCUCUGUUUUUCCUCUCUUUCCUUUUCUCUCUGUUUUCCCUCUCUUUCCUUUUUUCUCUUUUUCUCUCCUUUUCUCUUUUUUCCCUCUCUUUCCUUUUCUCUCUGUUUUCCCUCUCUUUCCUUUUUCUCUGUUUUUUCUCUCUUUCCUUUUUCUCUCUGUUUUCCCUCUCUUUCCUUUUCUCUCUGUUUUCCCUCUCUUUCCUUUUUCUCUCUGUUUUCCCUCUCUUUCCUUUUCUCUCUGUUUUACCCCUCUUUCCUUUUUCUCUCUGUUUUCCCUCUCUUUCCUUUUUCUCUCUGUUUUCCCUCUCUUUCCUUUUUCUCUCUUUUUCCCUCUUUUCCUUUUUUCUCUCUGUUUUCCCUCUCUUUCCUUUUUUCUCUCUGUUUUACUUUCCUUUUCUCUGUUUUACCCCUUUUCCUUUUUUUCUCUCUGUUUUACCUCUCUCUCCUUUUUCUCUGUUUUCCCUCUCUAUUCUUUCUUUCUUUCUUUAUUUUACCAUUCCCCUUUUCUUCUUUCUCUCUUUCUGGCAUAGCGGUGUAAAUCAGCUGGGAGGUGUAUUCGUUAACGGACGUCCCCUUCCAGACUCGACUCGUCAAAGAAUAGUGGAGUUGGCCCAUAGUGGGGCUCGACCCUGCGACAUCUCUCGUAUACUCCAAGUCUCCAACGGCUGCGUUAGCAAGAUUCUCGGACGGUACUAUGAGACGGGCUCCAUAAGGCCGCGCGCGAUCGGGGGCAGCAAGCCAAGAGUGGCGACCCCGGAAGUUGUGCAGAAAAUAGCCCAAUUCAAGAGGGAGUGCCCCUCGAUAUUCGCAUGGGAAAUUAGGGACCGAUUGCUGUCAGAAGGAGUUUGCACACAGGAUAAUAUACCAAGUCUUCAAUUCCUGUACCUUCUUUCCGUUUCUCUCUCUCUCUCGGUUUGUAGGUGUGUCUUUCACUCUAGUUACCCUGGCCAGAUCAGUAGAGGAAUAGUGUGUCCUAAGUGUUUUCUGCGACAUCUCCGUUCUCGUUUCUGCGCCAGAUAUUCAAUUAGGGCCGCUGUGUGUCUGAAGCCAAAUCACUCUUUUAAUGUGCCUCGUGUUGUGGCAGGUGUACAAGUUGAUCCGUCAUUAGCUCCGAAUACGAGUGAAAUAGCGAAUAACGAACGAACGGUUGUUCAGAGAUAA